UUCAAAAAUGGCGGAAAAAGAUGAACGAAACUCGAACCUUCCUUCCUAUAUAAUUGUAACCAGACAGCAACAAGACUUGAUUAGAACACAAAAUGCAGCAAUAGUGAAACUGCAGUGUAUGUUGAAGAGCAAAGAAGUCAGUGUUCCACAUGAAGAUUACCAAGCUUUGGUGACCAAACUUGAUGAAGAAAGAUUAGAACAUAUGAAGACGAAAGCAAAACUUGCAGAAAAAACAGAGAAGUUGCACUUUGCUGAAGGGAAGAUUGAAACGCUGAAGAGUCAACUGGAACGUGAAAAAAAGACUUUUGAAGAAGCAUUUAAGAAAUUGAAGACCAAAGCCAUUGAUGAGGCUCAUAAGAAUGACGAACUGUACAACAAAUGUUUGGAAAUGGAAGAGUUGUGUGGUGAAAAAGAUAAUGGAUUAAGUUUCCAAGAUGCAAAAAUCAAAGAUCUUCGUUCACGGAUUGCCAGACAGAAACAAAUCCACAAGCAGUUGGUUGAGAAUCUAGAUAUUGAGUUAAAACAAGAACAAUAUGUAGCUCGAAAUUUGCAAACAAGCAAGAGCACAAAAACAGCCAGAAUUGCACCAUCAAGAAUAAGAGGAACAAAAAAAUGAAUUACCAUUCUCAGUCUUCAAUAAUAUCGCAUUAAAAUAUAAUAUAAUCUAUAUUUUUUUGAAA